GGCGCGGCGGGCGUGAGAGGGCAGCGGGGCCGGAGCGUUGGCCGCGCUGGAGGCGAUGGUGCUGGACCCGGGGGCGGCGGGCGGGCAGGGCCGUGCCGGGCUGGGCACGCUGCCGGACCGCGAUGGAUCCCGGCUGUGCUCGUGUCCCUCUCCGCCGCCUCGCCCGGCGGGGUCCGCUUCGCCCCGUUGCCCGCGGGGGACCCGGCGUUUGUCGGAAACGGGCGCCGGGAUGCGGCGGAGCGGCGGGAGGAUUCGGGCCGCCGCCUCGUUGCCUCACAUCGCGAGGGCCAGGGGCGAGGAGGGCGGCGGGGCCGGGAGGCGCAGCCCCUGCCUGCUCGUAGCGCUGCGGCCGCGGAACGUGGAGGCAGAACGGGAGCGGUUCUUCAGGGAGCGGUUCGCGUACGACCCGCAGUUCGAAUACGCCGAGCCCGUGCCCGAGGCUGUGCUGGACAAGUACCGAGACGCGUCGGAUCGCUUCGUGGCACAGGCCAUUAGGAUCAUUCAUGCUGUCCUGGAGAAGUACGGGACCUAUGAGAGCUUCGAAGUUGCCACUGGUGGGAGACUGCUGAGCAAGUGCCAGAUCUGGUCUGUUAUCCGAAAGUACAUGCAGAAGGAAGGCUGCGCAGGGGAGGUAGUGGUGCAGCUCACUGAUGAUCUCCUGUCACAGGCCGUGAUGAUGGUGGAGGACAGCCGGCCAACAUUGGCCAUCAACCUGUCUGGAGCCCGGCAGUACUGGCUGGAGGGCAUGCUGCGCCAUGAGAUAGGUACCCACUACAUCCGCGGGGUGAACAACACCCGCCAGCCCUGGCACAGCUCAGAGGGCCGCAAGCAGUACAGCCUGAAGCCUGCCAACCCCACAGAGGAAGGUUUGGCCAGCCUUCACAGCGUCCUCUUCCGCAAAGACCCUUUCCUUUGGCGUGCAGCCUUGCUCUACUACACCAUUGAGCGGGCCAGCCGCCUCUCCUUCUCCGCGCUCUUCCAGGACCUGGAGCAGUACGUCCAGGAUGCUGGCAUCCGGUGGGAGUACUGCGUGCGGGCCAAGCGGGGCCAGACUGACACCUCACAGCCAGGCUGCUUCAGUAAGGACCAGGUGUACCUGGAUGGGAUUCUCCGCAUCCUGCGACAUCGGCAGACAAUCGACUUCCCAUUGCUGGCUGCUCUUGGAAAGGUCUCCUAUGAAGAUGUGAACCGCCUGAAGAAAUUUGGUGUCCUGGAGAAGGCUCGCAUCCCCCAUUUCAUGCAGGACCUGGAGCGAUACAUGAAGCAGCUCGACCACAUUGUCACCACCAACCAGCUGGAUGAGCAGGAGCUGGAGGAGCUGCUGCCUGAGUGAGCAGCACUGUGCACCCCACGGCCACCCCAUGUGCCUCAGUGCAGCCUGCCAGCACCCGGCUGAUGCUGGCUCUAUUUAUUCAGUAUUUAUUGGGGCUGUCGGGCCAGUUUUUGCCUCAAGGAGAUGGCACAGCCUGGGCUUUUGCCCGGGAGGCUGAUGUGCAUGUACCGCUGUGCAGGGUAGUGCAGCUGAGAUGGUCGGUGUGGUUGUUGUUGAUUGCCCCCCUGCCCAGGUCCGUGCAUUUUGAGGAACACUGUGCUACUCCGCAUGGUUUUGGGGAAACGAGAGUUUGGAGGGAGCAAGGGCAGAGCCUAGGAGCUGCACCAGUCUUGCACUGGUGCAAGAGGCUGCAUUGGGCUGGUUGUAAUGGGGAAAGCAGGGCAGGACCCUCCAGGUUCUGAGUGGUGUUCUCCUCAUGCCCUCCCUGAGGGGCAGGAAGGACUCCAGUCCUCCCACAUAACAACCUCUGCUCUCCCUGCUUCUAGAUACCUGCCCUGUCAUUGCAGACCUACAAGUAACCAUGACUGUACCCCAAAUACAUGCUCUGCCUGGCAUCAAGGCACAAAGGACUCGGGGUAGGGAUCUGGCUUGAUGUUACAAAAAAAAAGGUGUAAUAAAACCCAUGUAAUGGAAA